ACCGAUAAUAAUAUGGAACCAAACUAAAUGAAUCAAAAUAGUAAUAAAUAACUAUUAAAUAGAUAUAUAGCAGAGUUAUCAAUGUAUAAACACAUUAUUUGGUUAUUUAAAUCCAUGUAAUUGAUACUGAAGUCUGUAUUUAAUGGUGCGUGGAAUGAGAUGAAAGUUUCACAUAACAAACAGCCAUGCCUUCUCUUCCUGCCUCUCUCCUCAUUAUCUUCCUUCUAUUUUUGGUGUCUUCAUCUUUUGCAGGAAAAGCUUCAACUGAUACGCCGUCGCCUCGCAAUCUCAGUCGUCACAGUUUCCCGCCUGGUUUCAUAUUCGGAGCUGCCUCCUCUGCCUAUCAAUAUGAAGGCGCUGCAUUUGAAGAUGGGAGAGGACCAAGUAUAUGGGACACUUUCACCCACAAAUAUCCAGGAAAAAUAGCUGACAGGACCAACGGGGACGUAGCCAACGAUUUCUAUAAUCGAUAUAAGGACGAUGUGGAGACUUUGAAGUAUAUCGGAGUGGAUAGUUUUAGAAUGUCUAUUUCUUGGCCACGAAUAUUACCUCGUGGGAAGCUAAGUGCCGGAGUUAACAAAGCAGGGAUUGCCUUCUACAACAAUGUCUUCAAUGAACUCCUUGCAAGAGGUAUAAUUCCAUUCGUGACAAUAUUCCACUGGGAAGUUCCUCAAGCACUAGAGGAUGAGUAUGAAGGGUUUCUAAGUCCUCUAAUUAUUGAUGAUUUAAAAGACUUUGCGGAGUUAUGUUUCAAAGAAUUUGGUGACCGAAUUAAGAAUUGGAUUACAUUUAAUGAGCCAUCGAUUUUCAUUACCGGUGGUUAUGUUGGAGAUAUUGGAAUCCUAGCACCAGGAAGAUGCUCCGAUAGAGCCAAAUGUGCACAAGGAAAUUCAGCAACUGAGCCUUACAUUGUUGCACAUAAUCUACUUCUUAGUCAUGCACAAAUUGUCAAACUAUACAAGCAAAAAUAUCAGGGAAAGCAAAAAGGAGAAAUAGGGAUAACCUUGGUGAGCGAAUGGUUUGUACCAUAUUCAAAUAGCAGGCUUGAUGUUGAAGCAUCACAACGAGCACUUGACUUCAACUAUGGGUGGUUUAUAGAUCCUCUAGUUUAUGGGGAUUAUCCAAAGAUCAUGAGAAGUUUAGUGGGAAAUCGAUUGCCAAAAUUCACUAAGGAGCAGAAGGCAUUGUUGAAGGGAGCUUUUGACUUUUUGGGAUUGAAUUAUUAUACUUCAAAUUAUGCAGCCCAUGAGUUAUCUCGCAAUGGAAAUAUUAGCUAUACAACAGAUAGCAUGGCUCUCCUUUCAGGUUCCAAAAACGGCGUGCCUAUUGGUCAUCCUACUGGAUCGGAUGCGUUUUAUGUCUAUCCCGAAGGAUUUUAUGAAGUUCUAGUCUAUACGAAGGAUAAGUACAAGAGUCCUACCAUUUAUAUCACAGAAAAUGGAAUUCCGGAUCUUAAUAAUGUUACCAUCAAACAAAGCACUCAGGACCCGCAACGAAUUGAUUUUUACGUUCAACAUUUACAAGCUCUUCAAAAAGCAAUUCGAUAUGGAGUGAAUGUGAAGGGCUUUUUUGCAUGGACAUUUCAAGAUGAUUAUGAGUGGAAUUCAGGAUAUACACUAUUAUUUGGCUUCUAUUACGUGGACCGUAAAAAUGGACUUCAACGAAUUCCCAAGCAAUCCGCAUUUUGGUUCAAAAACUUCCUUAGCAAGAAGUAAAACAAACUACUUUUGCUCCCUAAAUCUUCUUUAUUAAUAAGAGUUUGAAUCUCCCUUUAUGGGGGAUUGUAUAUUGUUGUUAAAUAAGGUCAAUAAAUUGGUACUAGCAUUAUGAGAAAAGAGAUCUACAUACACUCUAUGUUCUAUAUGAUACUAAGAAACUCAGUAUUGCACGUUUUAUUCCAUAUAUGAAUGUGAUUUGUUGUAACAA